AUUGGGUGCCUGUGUACAUCCUGAAUAUACAUGGAGUAUACUAGUGGGACCAAAAUGGGACGUAGACGCUAGUGUAAUUUCACCCUGUGAUUUCACCUUUGAAUUUCACGCAUCAUUUUUCAUCAAGUUUGACAGAUCAAUGGUAUUCUUGUGGUAUUCUCUGUGGGUAUUUUUAAUCCUAAUCUUUGGGCAAUGCGCUUGGUUUUUGUCUGUUUUUAUUAAAGAAGGGUAGUUGUACAAAAGAUACAAAGUUAAUUCGUAGAGGUUUUAUUAAUUUCCGUAUAAAAUGUCGGAUGACGACUUUAUGUGUGAUGAUGAAGAGGAUUAUGGCUUAGAAUACUCUGAAGACAGUAACUCUGAACCAGAUGUUGAUUUAGAGAAUCAGUACUACAAUAGCAAAGCCCUAAAAGAGGAAGAGCCUAGGGCAGCCUUAGCUUCCUUCCAAAAAGUAUUAGAUCUAGAAGGUGGCGAAAAGGGAGAAUGGGGAUUUAAAGCUCUAAAGCAAAUGAUUAAAAUUAAUUUUCGUUUGUCAAAUUAUGAUGAAAUGAUGGUUCGUUACAAACAACUACUUACAUAUAUUAAGAGCGCUGUAACUAGGAACCACAGUGAGAAAUCUAUUAAUUCAAUCUUAGACUAUAUUUCGACUUCACGAAAUAUGGAAUUACUUCAAAAUUUUUACGAAACAACACUCGAAGCCCUUAAAGAUGCUAAAAACGAUAGACUUUGGUUUAAAACCAACACUAAAUUAGGCAAGCUAUAUUAUGAUAGAGGAGAUUUUAAUAAGUUAGCUAAAAUACUCAAACAGCUGCAUCAGUCGUGUCAAACAGACGAUGGGGAGGAUGAUUUGAAAAAGGGCACGCAACUGUUGGAAAUAUAUGCUUUAGAAAUUCAAAUGUACACGGCACAGAAAAACAAUAAAAAGUUGAAAACUCUAUACGAACAAUCCUUACAUAUAAAAUCGGCAAUACCUCAUCCAUUAAUAAUGGGAGUAAUAAGAGAAUGUGGAGGUAAAAUGCACUUAAGGGAAGGGGAAUUUGAAAAAGCACAUACAGACUUUUUUGAAGCCUUCAAGAAUUACGAUGAAUCGGGAAGUCCUAGGAGAACUACUUGUUUAAAGUAUUUGGUAUUAGCAAACAUGUUAAUGAAGUCUGGUAUAAAUCCGUUUGAUUCUCAAGAAGCUAAGCCUUAUAAAAAUGAUCCCGAGAUAUUAGCAAUGACAAACUUGGUUAAUGCAUACCAGAACAAUGAUAUUAACGAAUUUGAAUAUAUUUUAAAGCAAAAUAGACAAAAUAUUAUGGAUGACCCCUUCAUUAGAGAGCAUAUCGAAGAUUUGCUUAGAAAUAUAAGGACCCAAGUGCUAAUAAAACUUAUUAAACCAUACACCAGAAUACAGAUACCCUUCAUUUCGACAGAGCUAAACAUCGAUGUGCAAGAGGUUGAAAGUCUUCUGGUAGCCUGUAUAUUAGAUAAUACCAUUCAGGGCAGGAUAGAUCAAGUAAAUCAAGUUCUGUUUUUAGAAAGAACUACAUUAAAUACGGCUAGGUAUAAUGCAUUGGAUAGAUGGGCAAACCAACUCGGCACCCUUCACUCUUCGAUUGUAAAUAAGAUGGCUUGAUGUCCCAAACUACAGAGAAAUCAAAUGGUCGAAGUGAUAGCGCUUAGCGCCUUUUUUUGUUUGAUCACUCCUAAAUGUCUAAAAAUAUUGUUUCAAAUUAGUUUUAAUUUAACAAUCUCGAUACAGUUCCCAAUCAUGAACGCUUAAAUGCUAUUUGGCUUACAGGAGCAAAUAUAUUUAUAUAUUUGUACAGGAGGAACAGAAUUUACAUUAAAAAAAUAUAUUCAGUGGACGAUAGCAUAUAUACAAAUUACAUUUUAGCUGUAAUCUUUUUAUCCUCGAUUGUCUAUUCCUUAUCUGUUUCUUUUAAUAUUUGCCCUUUGUAAAUCUAUCAUUCACACAGUCGUCAGGUUUAUGGAAUAUUGCUGAAAAAAGGCAUUAUAUAACUUUAUUUUACAAAAUGUGUCAUAACUAUUUUCAACAGUCGAAACAAAAAAACUCAUAUUGUUAAGAUUUUUCUAAUAAAUAAAAAUUUAUUACGUG